AUGAACUACAUCUUGGAGCUUGUGAGCUACAUCUUUGUGCUUAUGAACUACAUUUUAGAGCUUGUGAGCUACAUCUUUGUGCUUAUGAACUACAUUUUGGAGCUUGUGAGCUACAUCUUUGUGCUUAUGAACUACAUCUUGGAGCUUGCGAGCUACAUCUUUGUGCUUAUGAACUACAUCUUUGUGCUUGUGAGCUACAUCUUUGUGCUUAUGAACUACAUCUUGGAGCUUGUGAGCUACAUCUUUGUGCUUAUGAACUACAUCUUGGAGCUUGUGAGCUACAUCUUUGUGCUUAUGAACUACAUCUUGGAGCUUGCGAGCUACAUCUUUGUGCUUAUGAACUACAUCUUUGUGCUUGUGAACUACAUCUUGCAGCUUGUGAACUACAUCUUGCAGCUUGUGAGCUACAUCUUUGUGCUUAUGAACUACAUCUUGGAGCUUGUGAACUACAUCUUUGUGCUUAUGAACUACAUCUUGGAGCUUGUGAACUACAUCUUUGUGCUUAUGAACUACAUCUUGGAGCUUGUGAACUACAUCUUAUUGCUUGUGAACUACAUCUUGGAGCUUUUGAACUAUUUCUUUGUGCUUAUGAACUACAUCUUGGAGCUUGUGAGCUACAUCUUUGUGCUUGUGAACUACAUCUUUGCUUUAAAAGUAUACAACUAUACAAAAUAA